CUUCUAUCGGCUCCCCUUUUUUUUUUCCUUUCGUUUUCUUUUCUCUCUCUCUUCCUUUGUUCUUAACUCACAAAUACCUCUUUUACAUGUCGUCUGCGGCAAAUACUCUUCAACGUCAAUUCAAAGACCUCAUUAGGAAUCCUGUUCCAGGUUUUGUUGUUGAUUUGAAAAACGAUAACAUCUUUGAAUGGUCAGUAGCAAUUAUCGGUUUACCAAACACCAUUUAUGAAGGUGGUUAUUUCAAGGCUACCAUGACUUUUACCAAUGAUUAUCCAUUCCGUCCUCCUACUUUCCGGUUUGACCGCGAGUUUUAUCAUCCAAACGUAUAUGAUGAUGGUAGGCUCUGCAUAUCUAUUCUUCAUCCUCCUGGGGAUGAUCCUAUCAGUGGUGAAAAAGCGGAGGAAAGAUGGAAUCCUACACAGUCUGUAGAAAGUGUCCUUAUGUCAAUCAUCUCAUUAUUAGCAGAUCCUAACUGCUCAAGUCCAGCCAAUGUCGAUGCAGGAGUGGCAUUUAGAAAAGACCGAGCAUUGUAUGAUGAGAUCGUGAAAAAACAAGUCGAAAUUUCUAAACAAGAUAUUCCUCCUGGAUUCAAAAUGCCAACAUCAGAAAAGGAUUUUAUGAUCGCUGCUCCUGUGGAAAUAGAAGAAGAUGAUAAUUUUUGGUACGAAUCUGGUGAUGAAAGUGAUUUUGAUGCAGAAGACGAUGAAGACUUUGAAGAAGACGAAGAAGACGACUAGGUUAAUUCCGUAGUAAUAAUAGCUACGCAUAUAUCUCAUCAUUAUAUUUUACAAUACAAGCACAUUGCCUUUUUUUUUUCCUCACUCAUUUGACUCAUACAAUGAUGAAUACAGCAACAUCAUUCUUUUUUAUUUAUUUACUUAGUUUUGUGAUUCGUUCUUUUUUUUUUUGAUCAAAUAAAAGAUUCUAUUUACAAAGUA